UCUAUUGCAAUGAAUAAUGUGAAAUGAUAAUGAUUGAGGUCCCCUUUAUAUAGGAGGAGAAAACCCCAAGAUAGUACAUUCCUAAUUGAGGUAUAGAAUUCUAUUGGUACAGGUGUAUAAUAAUCUAGUACGGACUUGUACAAUUUCAUACAAAUCUUAUCCUUUAAUUUAUGCCCUGAUCCAUGUGUCCUAGAGAAAUUCCCGCUCUUUCUUGAUUGCCCUCGAGAAUGUACUGCCCUCGAUGAAGGUCGCACCAGGUCUUCGAUUUGCUUCCCGAGGUGCGUGUCUUCCAACCGGGUCUGACCUUUACCUCGAGUCGCCCGGACUUGGACUCAUAGACCAAUUUAAGGCUUCGAAAUCAGACUUCUUGAUUUUGACCGUAUACACUGAUAUAUAGAGAAAUAUGGCCUACUCUUGCUUUGAGAUUGUGUCUUCAUCUUAUGGCAACAAAAUGGAUUGUCAUAAGCAGUGGCGACACUAGGAAUUUUCUCAAGGGCUUUCAAAUUUAAAAGAAGUGAAAAAAAUUUGCGACAAAAGGUGUUCAGUACGUGUUAUAUACCUCUAAAACGUAAUAUUUUACCUAUAUAGACAGUGUAAAUUUUCGACGAAAGGUGGUUAGUUGACCACCGUUAGGACCAUGUGGCUUCGCCACUGGUCAUAAGUACAACAACAACAAAUUCAGUGUAAUCCGACAAAGUGGGGUUUGGGAGGGGUACAGUGUACUCGGACCUUACCCCUACCUUGUGUAGGUAGAGAGGCUGUUUCUGAAGUCUUCAUCUUAUGAAGAUUGCUAUAUAUGUACAUGGGUCUGAUUAUGUGGUGUAGAUGGUGGCACCGGUGGAGGAGAGGGUGGAGAUAUUGGUUAUGGAAGAAGUAGGGGAGGGGAGGAGGUAAAAUGGGUUGGGUGCAGUGAGGUGGCAUGCCAUGUGAUAUUCACCUCACCAGAACGUGGGAUUGGGCUUCCAUAUUAGACAGUUCUAAUGGAGGAGGGGUAUAUGCGAACAGUAUAAUGGAGGGUAAAUCUAGAGCUUUCCACAUAGUAAAAAGGCAAUUUGACCCUUUUUCCUUUAAAGUAAUAGUACUGUUUUGAGCAUGUGACUAUGCAAUUAACAUUUGAAUGCUCAAGUUAGAUGUGCUAUAGGUGUUCAGUAUACUACUUGCAUACAAGAGUUGUUCCCAACAUUAAUAGAGUAUUUACCUUAUAAAGGAAAAAAUGGUGUUUUAUUUCAUGUUUGAGGUUAAACGAAAAAAUAGUAGUAGUAAUAUUUUUGACAUUGAUAAUCCUAAAUCCUUCAGGACAAGAGAGUUAUAGCAAAAAGAACUUCACCUUCUGAGAUCGAAGUCGACUAGAGCUGAUCAGAUCACCUUCUUUUUUAUUGGAUUCUGCAAACUUAUGGGAGAGGGUCUAAUUUAUAGCACAAAUUAGCUCCAAGUGUGUCAUCAAACCAAGAUUUAGUCAUCAAAUCUUUAAGAACUCAAAAUCACCAAAGUUGUGAUUUUUCAAGAUUGGUCUACAAGAGGUAACCGCACAACCCAAACCUUGUUAUUUUUGUAUAAAUACAUUUGUGGGAUGAUGAUUUUGGUGUAGAAAAUGUAUUUAAUCAUAUCGUUGAGAAAGCCCUAGAAACUGGUGUUCUUGAAGUGAAAUAAAUAAUUGGAAAUGACGAUGAAUAGUGACUCUUGGAUGAAAUAUGGGUUACUACUAUUCCCAAUAGUGUCGUUAGCUUGAUUUGAAGUUGUAAUAUGUAGAGAACACUGUUCGAGCUAGAGUUAGUUUGAAGAGGUGAAGGGCUUAGGGUUAACUUCGUCUUACCUCAAGUUAGAGUUGACUUGAAGGGGUGCAACAGUCGAGUGAUUGUUGGGGUGAGGCUUAGAGUCAGUCUUACAUAACAGAGUUGUAAUCUGAAUUUGCUUGCUGUUAUAGUGGAGUUGAGUUGAAUCUUACAAGAUCUUGGUUUUUACACUUUUGAGUCGAGUGUUUUUUCACGUAAAAAUCUCGUAUUUUUUGCUUUAUUCGCACUUUGUAGUUUAUUUUCGAUUACAAGAAACACAUAAAGAACCAGGCUCGUCACGACGUAAUUCACCCUCCUCUUGUGUCGUAUAGGUGCAUAAGAUAACACAUGGCAAUCAUCAAAUGUAUUUUUGAGCAUUACUUGAUAAAUCUUUACUAGAGCAGGGCCUGUCUCUGGUUGUUGAGACUUUAUAAAGGUGAAGUUGAUUUGGCAUAUUAUAAAUCAGUAGGUGGAGACCAUUGCCAUAUUUAAAUGGCAACUUGCAAUUUAAUUAAGUCCUAGGAAACAAUUGUUUUAAAAGACCACCCAUAUUGUCUGUUAUGUACUUUGUACUACUAUUUGUCAUAUUUUAUUUUAUUAUGUGGACUGUGGAGUAUCAACUUUAUUGAAAACUGCUAUGUAGCUAAGUUCUAGGAUGCUAUGUCAGUAAAAUUAACAAUUAGUAGUAUUUAAUAAAUGACCACUUCAAUUGAUAUACUUAGUAGUAGUUGUCAAACUAUUCUAUCAUUUUGAUAACUUUCAACAAAUUUCUUCAAUCGCAAAUCCUGUAUAGAUCUCUGAAGAAACUUUGCAGAAGUAACAAGAGAAAUGGCUGCUUAUGCUGCAGUAACUUCUCUGAUGGGAACGAUACACCUGAUUUCACAAUCCAACUUAGACCUGCAGGACGGUCAUAAAGAACACUUAAAAUUACUCUACGAGAAGGUUGGCUCUCUGCUAGAGUUUCUUGACACUAAUUCUGAUGACGGAUCAAUGAAGGAUUUGCAAGAAAAGGUAAAAGAUCUUGCACAUGAAGUAGAAGACAAAGUUGAAUCACACAUUCAAAGAGAGGCGCAGAAGAAGCUUCUUAAGAUGUUGCAACGAGUCUUUCAUCUUCCAACAAAGGCACAUGAAAGGCUUCUUAAGAUUUUGCAACGAGCUAUAGAAGCCAUUGAUUCUAUCAAAGAAGAGCUUUUCAAGCAGAGGGAGAAUAAUAAUAUGCAAGCAGGAAAUAGUUCACUUGGUGGUUCUAAUUCACCAGAAUCUCAUGUUUCUACACUUGAGAAUAACAUGGUGGGGUACAAUGAUGAACAAGCGAGCAUGCUGCGUCAACUUACUGGAGACUCACGUCAACUGGAAGUCAUUUCCAUUGUUGGUAUGGGAGGCAUAGGCAAGUCAACUUUUGCUAAAAGAGUGUUUUCUGAUCCCUCAGUUGUGGGCUUCUUUGAUGUUCGUGGAUGGGUUACUGUGUCCAAGGACUAUAGUAUAAGAAAGAUGCUUCUAUCCCUCCUUCAAGAUGCCGGGGUGGAGCUUGAUAAGGUAAGCGAUGAAGAACAAGCAGACGACUUGCAGGAAAGCGAUGAAGAACUAGAUCACGUGCAGAAAAUCAAUAAUGCACUUGCAGAUCGCUUGCAAAAAAGUUUAAAAGGUAGGAGAUAUUUGAUUGUUGUAGAUGACAUAUGGAGCACGGAUGCCUGGGAUGAGAUUAAACUAUGGUUUCCAGAAUACAAUAAUAGAAGUCGGAUAUUAUUGACUACUCGAGACAUGAAGGUUGCUCAAUAUGCUAGCUUUCCUGAGGAUCCUUUUCCGAUGCGUUUCCUGGAUCCAGAGGAAAGUUGGAAUUUGUUUUGCCAAAAGGCAUUUGACAAAAAAGCUUGCCCGAUUGAACUUGAGAAUGUUGCAAAGGAAGUUGUAAAAAACUGCAAAGGGUUACCACUAAUGAUUUCUGUGAUUGCAGGGACUCUCUCUAGCAAGAGGACACUGGGCGAGUGGAGGAAAGUAGCUGAAAGUGUGAGCUCCUUAGUAAACCUUGACGAUUAUCAACGUUGCUCAGGAGUGCUCGCUUUGAGCUACAAUCAUCUUCCUUCACAUUUGAAAGCGUGCUUUCUGUAUUUUGGAGUUUUCCCGAAAGCUAGCGACAUUUCUGUGAAAAAGUUGAUGAGAUUAUGGGCUGCGGAAGGACUCUUCGAGCUAAAGGGGCUUGAGGGAUUGGAAAAAGUGGCUGCUUAUCUUUUACAUGAUCUUAUUGAUAAAAGUCUAAUCAUUGUUAGCAGGCGAAGUAUUGAUGGCAAAAUCAAGACUUGUAGGAUUCACGAUCUUCUUCAUGAUCUAUGCUGGAGAGAAGCUGAAAGCAAUAGUAUUUUGUACGUUGUAAAUGACGUACCUUAUGGAGGACCAAGACGGUAUUUUCCUCAAGGUCGUAGGUGGGUGUCACUUCAUUUAGCGGGAGGUUAUUAUCCUACCCUUUUCAGUGCUCUUAGUUAUAACAAAACGCGUUCCAUUCAUUUUUAUGCUGAUCCAGUUUAUAAUCUACAACUGGAGCAUUUCAAACUUCUUAGAGUAUUGGACUUGGAGGCCACGGAAUUCCAAUAUGGUUUCCCUGGUGAAAUAUUACGCCUAGUUUGUUUAAGGUAUUUGGUUAUGAAGAUCGAUGAGAUCUCUGAACAUAUACCGAUUUCCAAUCUUCAGAAUUUACAAACUCUUGUUAUAUUUACUACAUCGCGGAAGGGGUUUAUAAAUUUACGUGAUGGAAUUUGGGACCUGUCUCAAUUAAGGAAUCUCAAUUGUUCAAGGAUCUUUUUGUACCCUCCUCGGAAUGUAUCUCCUAAUGAAGUUGAGUACCCGAUUUUGGAAAACUUGCAAAGUGUUUGUGGGUUGAGUUCUUCUUGUUGCACGAAAGGAAUAUUUAAAGGGAUUAAGAAAGUGAAAAAAUUGGGGAUUUCUUGCAACAGUUAUACCGAGUCUGAAUGGCUAGCUAAUCUUAACUAUUUACAUGAGCUUGAGACACUAAGUAUUGCGUCGUCAUCCUACUAUGGUUAUGUUUAUUCAGAUUUCAGGCUUCCAUGUCCAGGUUCUUUCCCACCAAAUCUCAAGAAGUUGACACUUUGUGGUACUCGGCUCUCAUGGGAGGACAUGACGAUCAUUAGCAAGUUGCCCAAACUCGAGGUGCUCCAAUUGAAGGAAGAUGACUUUGCACGUAGUUUGUCUGUGGGAGAGAGAGUCUGGGAAGUAACAGAGAUGGGAUUUCCCGAAUUGAAAUUCUUGCUCCUUGAGAAGUUGAUUCUUGAUUAUUGGAGAGCCACUGAUGAUUAUUUCCCAUGCCUUGAGCAUGUAAUUAUCAAAAAUUGCCGUCACUUAAAAGAGAUUCCUCAAGGAUUUGCAGAUAGUAUGACUCUGAAACUAAUUAUGUUACAGGGAUGUUCUCCUUCCGUUGUGACAUCUGCUGACCGGAUCCAGAGAGAGCAAUUAGAGUGUUCAGGAAGCGACAUGCUUAAAGUUUAUGCCGUUGAUACAAGGGAUUCAGAUCAAGAUUAGUGAGAAGCAAGUUGGCAGAGUUCAUGGUGGACUAGGCAUCAGGAAUUUGAAGGAUCAUAGCAAGGCCCUCAAGAUGAAAUGGCUAUGGAGGUAUUCACAAGAGCCUCAAGCAUUAUGGGGUAAUGUGAUCAAAGCCAAAUAUGGUGAGGAAGACAAUUGGACAACAAAGGAAGUAAAUACAGCAUAUGGAGUUAGCUUAUGGAGAUCCAUCAGGUCACUCUGGCCUAUUCUAAAGAACAACUCAUCCAUUAAAGUGCAAGAUGGCAAUAAAACCUCCUUCUGGAAAGAUAACUGGCUGGGAGAUGGUUGCUUAAAGGAUCUCUUUCCCAUAUGUUUGUUCUGGCACAACAUCAACAUAACACUGUGGCUGAAAUGUGGUCCCCUCAAGGAUGGGCACUUGUUUUUAGAAGAAGCUUAAAUGAUUGGGAGGUGGACAGAAUGAUGGAAUUCUACAAACACCUGGAAAGAUUCAUAGAUUUACAGAGUGGGGUGGACACACUAAUGUGGCAAGGACAUAAAAGUGGUUUUUAUAAGGCGAAUGCAGCAUACAAGAUACCGAACCAAGCUAACAUGCAGAUUAACAACUAGCCUUGGAAGCAUAUAUGGAAAACAAAGAUUCCAUAUAAGGUAGCGUGUUUUUCUUGGUUACUAGCAAAGGAGGCUGUUCUGACGCAAGACACUCUUAUAAAGAGAGGAAUUCAAUUGUGCUCCAGAUGUCACUUAUGUGGAGAAGAUGUUGAGACAGUUAGGCAUCUAUUUUUACAUUGUAAGAUAACUGACCAGUUAUGGAAGAUAUUUAUUAACCUCAGGGGCAUAGCUUGGACAAUGCCUAGUAAGAUUACUGAAGUUCUUUUCAGUUGGGAUGAAGCGGGAACUGGAGCAAGAGACAGAGACAGAUGGUGAACAGUCCUAGCAUGUAUUUGGUGGAUGAUAUGGAAAGAGAGGAACUCCAGAUGUUUUGAUGAGAGAAGUAACUAAGAUCAAGCUUAAUUGUGUUUUGCUUUUUUGCUUUUUUGCUUUUUUGCUUUUGGUGUAAACAAAUCUUCACAGAAGAUAUAGUUUCAAUUCUAGAUGUCCUAGGAUCUUGUUAGGGCCGAGGAGAAAGUUUUCUUUACUUGGGUAUUCCACUUGUAAAUAUGGCGCCACUACAGACCUUGUACUGAUUUUUUUUAA